UAAAAAACUUUUUUUUUUUUUUUAACCUGACACUAGCUGCACGCCCCACUUCAUCUCAUCUAGCACUAGUAGGGGAGAUCUGAGUGAUAAAUUUGGUGACUCACUCUGUCCUUAAUAAAUGCUGCUUGGAUAUAAGAGACAGAGACAUUCAACACAGCCUGAGUAAACAGUUGACACUGCUCGAGAAUAGAGAAAUGAAUUACCGGCACUAUAAUGCGAUAACAUUGUUUCUUAUUUGCCUGUUUGGAUGGGGGGCAGUUGUAUGUAACACACAAGUUCUGGAGCAGGAUAUUAUUUGUGAAGAGUAUGAUGCUUACAUCCCUCCAGCAGAAUGGACCAUAAAGAAUAAUUUUACCCCUUCAGAUCUCCAAGGUCUCAAAGUCAAAUUGGGUGUUAGAUUUGAACAGUCCCCUACAUUAAAUAUAAGCUGGACCAUCAGUGCAGAUGGUAAGAUUUUUCUUUAUUGCGAGAAUGAUAAAGUAAAGUAUCACGAGCACUGUGUUUCCAAAGGAAGCCUGUGGGAGCCAGACAUCAGUUCCUUCUUCACUGGGGAUGAAGUGGAGGUGGUCUUUACCACCAGUAAACAUUCACAAAAAUAUGACAUUUUACUGUUUUCUUGCAAGAAACAUUUAGAAAACUGUGAAUUCUUAAAUAGGAUCACUGCAGAAUUUCAGGCCAAUGAAACAAGAAGUACUAAAAGACUAAAGGCCAGCAACAAAGACUGUGAAAUAUUGGUUAUACAGAUCGUACCUUAUUUUUACGGGUGUCAGAGUGAUUGCCAUAGACACACCAAACACAUGGACUGCAAAACAGACAGUCCCACAGAACCCACACCAAAAACCCCUGACACAAAAGAAUCACAGCCCCUCGUCAUUGCUGCUGUGUUGGUUUUUGCAAUUCUCUUUGUGGUUUCAAGCUAUGCAAUGUGGAAAUCAGGUAAAACCAGGAGAUGUUUAGCAGAUUCUGCCUCCAAUAACAGCGAUAGUUCACCAGCUACAGUGCUUAUCAUUUAUUCUCUGGAGAGCAGAAUCUUUCAGAAAGCUGUGGUGGCUUUUGCUGAAUUCUUGCAAUUGCACUGCCAGUGCAAGGUGAUUAUUGAUAUAUGGCAAAUGCAGAAUAUUGCAGAAAUGGGCCAAGUUCAGUGGCUAGCCACACAGAAAGAAACUGCUGAUAAGAUCGUUGUCAUUUGCUCAAACUCAGCCAAGAGCAAAUGGCACAGCGCCUCUAAUCUUACAGCAGAAGACUACACAGUUUCCCCUUCUCUGGAGGACAUGUAUAGUCUGACUCUUAACAUGUUUAGCAGUGAUUUGAAGUACCCAGCAGCUCUGAACAAAUACAUGGUUGUAUACUUUGACAAAAUCUCCACUGGGAAAAACAUCCCUCCCGCUUUCAGUUUUUGCAAAUCAUAUUCCCUUAUGAAGGACAUUGGGAAAAUCUGUAAAAGUAUGCGCAGCACACCUGAUCACAGAUUCAGCCAAGAGAUAAACCCACUGUUAUGCUCAAAGUUACAAUGCAAUAAGGAAAGUACACAGCACCUGAGAAGCGCAAUACUGGAAUUAAAAGAAUGGGAGAAGACCAUGCUGGUUUAAAAACAGAAGAGCUUUCAUUUUUAGAAUCUGUGACUGGGUCUUGAAAAAAAACAGGGAGUUUAUUUUGCUCCAUUGUUUAGUUUUUUUCAUAACUGAAUUGAAAUAUAAAAGGACAAUCAACUGUAGUACAACAGGUGAAAUUAAACUGUAAAACAAACCAGGAAGGAAGGAGGAAACAUUGUUUUUAAUAUCAGUGUUUACUAUGUAUCAUAGGAUCAACAUUUUUAAUACAAGCAUGGCUUCUUUUUUUUUUUUUCAAUUCAUUUUUUGGUUCUUAUUUUGAUCUAUUUUCAAGUUUUAUGUAA